UUAAUAUUGUUUGACAAUAAAUAAUUAAUAAGUAAAUAUCAAUUUGUCAAAUAGUUAUAUACAAAGCUAUUUAUUCUACUACUUGCCAUAAUAUUAAUUAAUGAUGUAUUUAAAAAUAUAAUAGGUUAUCAAUUAUUUAUGCUUCUUAAAAUUUAACGUGAUUAUUGUAACAUGUAUAUUUCAUUCUAAUAUUGUUUAAAGUUAUACUGAUAAGAAAUUUCCAAGAGCAACAAAAUGUUGAACGUUAGAAAAUUAAGUAGACCUUUAUACAUGGCUGUAUAUCCAAUUAAAGAAUUUUUGGGACAGUAUGAUGUACCUAAAAAUCCGGUUGCUGAAAAUAUAGAAAAUACUCCUAUGGGAAGGAUAAGAAAAAUAUUUGUUUCUACCGAAUAUCAACCUAUAAGCAAAGAAAUUCAACAUUUCAUUAAUUUCACAAGUACUGCAACGUUUAUUGGUAUGAUGGUGGGUGGUGUGGCUCAUUCACGAGGAGUUGCACAGCAAUUUAUAGAUAAUAAUGAAGCAACACGUUUCUAUACUCAACAUGAUGCAAGACGAUAUUUACAAGACAAAGUUAUAUUAGCAUUUGGCAAGGGUGCUUUUAAAUUUGGCUGGAGAUUAUGUGUAUUUUGUGGAAUUUAUGAAACCAUUCGAGUAUUGUUGACUGCAUAUUAUGGGGAACCUUCAGUUUUACAUUACAUGAUUGGAGCUGGUACUGCUGGAUUUUUAUUUAAGUUAUCACUUGGUGUCAAAGGUUCAUUAGUUGGUCUGGUUGUUGGUACUAUUCUUGGAGCUAUUGGUGGUCUUUUUAGUAUAAUGUUUAUUAAGAUAACAGGAAUGUCAAAGGAUGAUUUUGAACGUAUACAAUAUUAUUGGGCUUAUAAAAGGGAUGAGGCCUUUAAACAAGCAAUGGGCAAACGUUUAGAAGAAGAACAUGGACAAGUAAAGGAGCUUUACGAAGCAAAUAAAGCAAAUCAAGCAAUGUUAUCUUCUGCUGAAAUAAAUAAUAAAGAAGUAGAUAAAUAAAGAUUGUAUUGUGUGAAUAUAUAUUAUAGAAUAUAUUAUGUAAAUAUAAUGUAACAAUAUUUUUCAAUUUCUCAUACAUCAAUCAUCAUUUAGAAUAUCUGAAUUUACUAUAUAUUGCAGUAUAUACAAAAUAUUCAACUCUUUAAUGUGCAAACCUAAUAAUUGGUUGAAUAAAUCGUAAUACUGGAUCGUGA